AUGCUCAAGUGCAUCCCUCUGUGGCGCUGCAACCGGCACGUGGAGUCGGUGGACCGGCGGCACUGCUCACUGCAGGCCGUGCCGGAGGAGAUCUACCGCUACAGCCGCAGCCUGGAGGAGCUGCUCCUGGACGCCAACCAGCUGCGCGAGCUGCCCAAGCCUUUCUUCCGCCUGCUAAAUCUGCGUAAGCUGGGCCUCAGCGACAACGAGAUCCAGCGCCUGCCGCCCGAGGUGGCCAAUUUCAUGCAGCUGGUGGAGCUGGACGUGUCUCGGAACGACAUCCCCGAGAUCCCUGAAAGCAUCAAGUUCUGUAAAGCCUUGGAGAUUGCUGACUUCAGCGGGAAUCCUCUGUCCAGGCUCCCUGACGGCUUCACUCAGCUGCGCAGCCUGGCCCACCUGGCCCUGAACGACGUGUCCCUGCAGGCGCUGCCGGGGGAUGUGGGCAACCUUGCCAACCUGGUGACCCUGGAGCUCCGGGAGAACCUGCUCAAGUCCCUGCCUGCGUCCCUCUCCUUCCUGGUCAAGCUGGAACAGCUGGAUCUUGGAGGCAAUGAUCUGGAAGUGCUGCCCGACACUCUCGGGGCUCUGCCCAACCUGCGAGAGCUGUGGCUGGACCGGAACCAGCUGUCAGCACUACCCCCGGAGCUCGGGAACCUGCGGCGCCUCGUGUGCCUGGACGUGUCAGAGAACCGGCUGGAGGAGCUACCUGCGGAGCUGGGUGGGCUGGCACUGCUCACGGACCUGCUGCUGUCCCAGAACCUGCUGCAGCGGUUGCCUGAUGGCAUUGGCCAGCUGAAACAGCUGUCCAUCCUGAAGGUGGACCAGAACCGCCUGUGUGAGAUGACCGAGGCCAUCGGGGACUGCGAGAACCUGUCUGAGCUGAUCCUGACUGAGAACCUCCUGACGGCCCUGCCGCGAUCCCUGGGGAAGCUGACCAAGCUGACAAACCUCAACGCGGACCGGAACCGCCUGGAGGGGCUGCCACCCGAGAUCGGCGGCUGUGCGGCUCUCAGCGUGCUCUCGUUGAGGGACAACCGCUUGGCCGUCCUGCCUCCUGAGCUCGCCCACACGGCCGAGCUGCAUGUGCUGGAUGUGGCUGGGAACCGGCUGCAGAGUCUGCCGUUCGCGCUCACCCACCUCAACCUCAAGGCCCUGUGGCUGGCGGAGAACCAGGCACAGCCCAUGCUGCGCUUCCAGACGGAGGAUGACGUGCAGACGGGCGAGAAGGUGCUCACGUGCUAUUUGCUGCCCCAGCAGCCCUCACCCACUCUCGAGGAUCCAGCGCAGCGGAGCAGCCCCUCUGAGAACUGGAGCGACACCCCGCUGAGCCGCGUCAGCGUCAUCCAGUUCCUGGAGGCACCCGCGGGCGACGAGGAUGCCGAGGAGGCCGCUUCCGAGACGCGGGGCCUGCAGCGCCGUGCCACGCCUCACCCCAGCGAGCUCAAGGUGAUGAAAAGGGGGAUCGAAGAGCGCCGGAGCGAGGUCACCCCCUGCAAGCUGGGCCCCAGGUCACGCUCGCCCUCAGAAGAGGAGAAGCGGCUGAGCACUGAGUCUGGGCUGAGCGAAGCCUCACACCCAUCCGUCAGCACCGGCUCUGAGCGGGAGCCUGAGGGCCCGCUGGCUGAGGCGGAGGACCUGGACCAGCUGGAGGCCACGGCAGCCAGCCCAGAGGAGGACAUGGAGGAGAACUACGAGGAGCCCACAGUGCACUUCGCGGAGGACACGCUGUUGCCACGGGGGGAUAGUGAGGAUGAAGAGGAGCAACUCGAGGCCCCCCGGCCCCUCCUGGGAGGGCGACAGCGGCUCAUCCGCAAGGACACGCCUCAUUACAAGAAGCACUUCAAGGUCUCGAAGCUGCCGCAGCCCGAGGCAGUUGUGGCCCUGCUGCAGGGGAUGCGGCCGGACGGCGAGGGCCAGGCCGGGCCUGGCGGUUGGCACAAUGGCCCCCACACGCCCUGGGUUCCUCAGGCUGAGGAGGAAGAGGAGGAGGAAGAGGAGGCCGCAGCCUGUGCACCCUCCGUCAAGGGGGUGUCGUUUGACCAGGCCAAUAACCUGCUGAUAGAGCCUGCCCGCAUUGAGGAAGAGGAGCUGACGCUCACCAUCGUGCGGCAGACGGGGGGCCUGGGUAUCAGCAUCGCAGGGGGCAAGGGUUCCAGCCCUUAUAAGGGAGACGAUGAGGGCAUAUUCAUCUCCCGCGUGUCGGAGGAGGGCCCCGCAGCCCGUGCCGGAGUCCGGGUGGGGGACAAGCUCCUGGAGGUGAACGGCGUGGCCCUGCAGAGCGCAGAGCACCAGGAGGCCGUGGAGGCCCUGCGGGGGGCGGGCGCCACCGUGCGGAUGCGAGUGUGGCGGGAGCGCAUGGUGGAGCCGGAGAACGCAGUCACGGUCACGCCUCUGCGGCCCGAGGACGACUACAGCCCCCGGGAGAGGCGAGGGGGCGGCCUGCGCUUGCCCCUGCCCCAGCCUGAGGCCCCCGGGCCCCUGCGCCAGCGUCACGCCGCUUGUCUCGUGCGCAGCGAGAAGGGGCUGGGCUUCAGCAUCGCUGGCGGGAAAGGCUCCACUCCCUACCGGGCUGGCGACGCAGGCAUUUUCAUCUCGCGCAUCGCAGAAGGCGGUGCUGCCCACCGGGCGGGCACCCUGCAGGUUGGCGACCGCGUCCUCUCGAUCAACGGCGUGGACAUGACGGAGGCCCGGCACGAGCACGCUGUGUCCCUGCUGACUGCCGCCUCGCCCACCAUCACCCUGCUGCUGGAGCGGGAGACUGGGGCGCCCCCGCCCCCCAGCCCUCCCCCGCACUCGCCACCGCUCCCCGCUGCUGCCUCCACCCCAACCACUGCCACCGCCGGGGAGCCUGGGCCGCCAAGGCUGGCUCCCAGCCUGCUGGCUGCUGCCCUGGAGGGGCCCUAUCCAGUGGAGGAGAUCCGGCUGCCCAGAGCGGGGGGCCCGCUGGGGCUCAGCAUUGUCGGGGGCUCUGACCACUCGAGCCACCCGUUUGGUGUGCAGGAGCCGGGAGUGUUCAUUUCCAAGGUGCUCCCAAGAGGCCUGGCUGCGCGCAGCGGCCUCCGGGUCGGGGACCGCAUCCUGGCGGUCAAUGGGCAGGACGUGCGGGAAGCCACGCACCAGGAGGCAGUCAGCGCCCUACUCCGGCCCUGCCUGGAGCUGCGCCUGCUCGUGCGCAGGGACCCACCACCCCCAGGCAUGAGGGAGCUCUGCAUCCAGAAGGCUCCGGGAGAGAAGCUGGGGAUCAGCAUCCGUGGGGGCGCCAAGGGCCACGCAGGGAACCCCUGUGACCCCACUGAUGAGGGUGUUUUCAUUUCCAAGGUGAGCCCCACAGGGGCAGCGGGCCGGGACGGCCGGCUGCGGGUGGGGCUACGACUGCUGGAGGUGAACCAGCAGAGCUUGCUGGGUCUGACGCACUCCGAGGCCGUGCAGCUGCUGCGGAGCGUGGGCGAUGCCCUCACCGUGCUCGUCUGUGAUGGCUUCGACAGCAGCGCCACCGCUGCUCUGGAGGUGUCCCCAGGUGUCAUCGCCAACCCUUUUGCGGCAGGCAUCGGCCGCCGGAACAGCCUGGAGAGCAUCUCGUCCAUUGACCGUGAGCUGAGCCCCGAGGGCCCUGGCAAGGACAAGGAGCUGGCUGGACAGAACCCAGCACGGGAACUAGAGGCCACAGAGGCCACAGGUCGGAGCCCAGAGCCGCUGAAGCUGGACUACCGCGCCCUGGCCGCAGUGCCAAGUGGUGGCAGCGUGCAGAGGGUGCCGUCAGGGGUCACUGGAGCUCAGACUGACGAGGCCCCCUGCUCUCCUGGUGGCCAGCAGACCAAACCCGGGGUGAUCCUGCCACUGGCUCAGGCUUGGCCCAGGGGCUCCCCGACGCCUAAGGGCAGAGGUGGCCCCUCCGGGUUCCCGUCGUCGACCCCGCCCUCCCCGGACGAGCUGCCCGCCAACGUGAAGCAAGCCUACCGGACAUUCGCCGCCGUGCCCAUCACGCACCCGCCCGACGACGCCUCAGUCCAGCCCUCCACGCCGGGGCCCGCGGCCUCCCCGGAGCAACUGUCCUUCCGCGAGCGGCAAAAGUACUUCGAACUGGAGGUGCGGGUGCCCCAGGCGGAGGGCCCGCCCAAGCGCGUGUCCCUAGUGGGCGCCGAUGACCUGCGCAAGAUGCAGGAGGAGGAGGAGGCCGUCGCCGCCGGGGGUCCGGAAACAGGGCCCGCCCUGGACGGGGAGGCCCCGGACGAGCAGGAGGAGGAGCCGCCCUGGGCCGGCCCGGGCCCUGCGGGAGGGCUCAGCCCGGCGUCCCCUCCGCCCCUGGGAGGCGGCGCCCCGGUGCGGACGGCCAAGGCCGAGAGGCGCCAUCAGGAGCGGCUGCGCGUGCAGAGCCCAGAACUGCCUGUGCCUGAGCGGGCCCUGUCCCCUGCUGAGCGCCGGGCCCUGGAGGCGGAGAAGAGAGCGCUGUGGAGGGCAGCCAGGAUGAAGUCUCUGGAGCAGGAUGCCCUCCGUGCACAGAUGGUUCUCAGCAAGUCCCAAGAGGGCCGCGGCAAGCGUGGGCCCCUGGAGCGGCUGGCUGAAGCCCCCUCGCCUGCGCCCACCCCCUCCCCCACCCCCUUGGAAGACCUCGGCCUUCAGACCAGCACCUCUCCUGGACGGCUGUUCUUGUCUGGAAAGAAGUUUGACUACAGGGUGUUCGCAGCCCUCCCUUCUUCCAGACCUGUCUAUGACAUCCAGUCCCCAGAUUUUGCUGAGGAGCUGAGGUCUUUGGAAGAGUCUCCAAGCCCCGGUCCACAGGAGGAGGACGGAGAGGUGGCCCUGGUGCUUCUGGGCAGGCCCUCAUCCAGCGCCUCCGGCCCUGAGGAGGUGACGCUUUGCAGCAGCCGCCGCCCUGUGCGGCCCGGACGCCGUGGUCUGGGCCCCGUGCCUUCCUAGAGGGGCAGGGUCACCGUGGGCCUCCCCUUCCCCGGGGCCGGCCUCCCUGACUUGGGGUGGGGGUCCUGCCAGCUCCCAACACCACCCUUGCCCUGAGUCUUUUAACCUGGGUGUUAGCAUUUUAAAGAGCCCCCUCAGGAGUUCUGGCCUCUGACUAACCACCCCCCCAAGCCGGGACCUCUUUGGCGAGACUGUAACUAGUGAUGUUUGUACAACCAAAGACUCUAUUUUGUGGUUUA